AGAGAAGGAAACAAUUCAACUCGUGAAACGGAUCCUAAAAGAAAAACAAACUGAUAUAAAGUUGUAUCCCCCUUGUGGAGUUUGUCUUUGCCCUAAAAACUGUUGAAAUCGAAAAGAGAAGCCUUUAAUUCGGUCCUAUGCUACCAUUAUGAUUUCUUUCCCUUUGGGGACUUUGUAGUCAUUGAUUCGGAUUGGGUUUUCCUCAUCCCUUUUUUUAUUUUGUGAUCUUACGGUCCUCAGAUUCUUAAUCAUAAUCUUAAGAUCCGGGGUGGUAUUCUCAAUGGCCGAUCAUCACGACGACGAGGAUUUGGAAUUGGCUCUCAAGAUGAGUAUGCAAUCCAAUCCCCCAGAGCCCAAACGGAGCAAACCCAUUGAAGAAACCGGAUCCGGAUCUGGUGAAUCGCCUGAGGCCAAAACACGGCGGUUGCAGCGGGAGCUCAUGGCUGCUGCGGCGGAGAAACGAAUGAUGUCUUUUCCUCCUCCUGCUCAACCCAAGCCCAGACCUCUGGCUUCUUCGCCAGUUACGACGGUCGCUAAAGAGAUGGGAUCCGGUGAUGGUGGGGGUUUGGAGUUAUCGCCCGAAGAGUCUAAUCAGCUCUUCACAAUGUUGUUUGGGAAUGAGGUUUCCAGAAGUAUACUUGCACAGUGGACUAAUCAAGGCAUAAGGUUUAGCCCUGAUCCUGAAACUACUAUAGGGUUAGUGCAGCAUGAAGGUGGGCCCUGCGGUGUUUUAGCAGCAUUACAAGCAUUUGUUCUUAAAUACCUUCUUUACUUUCCGGAUGACAUAGGAAAAGAUUCCCCGAGUUUGGGUCUUAGAACAUCUAAAAACCAUUGUGUCGCAUCAGACUCUUUCUCUUCUGUACCAGAAGAAGUAAAAACAAGGGCCCUUGUUAGAAGCAUGUGUGAGAUUCUAUUUAUGUGUGGAAACAAUAAGCGUGCUGUAGUAGCGAGUUUCCUUGAUUCUGAUGAUCUCAAUACUAAUCAGAAAGAUGAGGUAAUGGCUGCUGGGCUUCCCAUUGAGUCUGCUUCAGAUUUGCACAAGAUCUUAAGAUUUGAGACAUUCACAACUCAGUCCACUGCUCUUAACAAGAUAGAAGGCACAAUAGCUGCUUUCCAGAGUCGAAUGGGUGCUUUGCUAUUCCUUAUUUCCGCUUUACUCUCCCGUGGACUGGAUACUGUUCAAAACGACAGGGAUGAUCCAAACCUCCCCCUUGUAACUGCACCGUUUGGACAUGCCUCCCAGGAAAUUGUAAACCUGUUAUUGUGUGGUGAAGCGGUUCCUAAUGUGUUUGAUGGAAGGAUGGAUCUGGGAGGUGGCAUGUUUCUGAAAGGCAUACCUAAGAAUGUGGAGGUGGGCUUCCUGACGUUGCUGGAGUCUCUCAAUUUCUGCAAAGUCGGUCAGAAUCUCAAAUCUCCCAAAUGGCCAAUAUGGGUCGUUGGCAGCGAGUCACAUUACACCGUGCUAUUUGCACUCGAUCCGUCUGUCCAGGAAGAAAACGAACUUGAGCUGAGAGAGUCUCAGAUAAGAAGAGCUUUUGAUGCAAGAGACCAGAGCGGAGGGGGAGGUUUCAUCAGCGUGGAGGCCUUUCAACAAGUUGUUCAGGAAACAAACAUUAGACUGCCAACUGAGAAGAUGAAUGAGAUAUGCGCCAUGGGGUUCAUUGUGUGGAGCGAGUUAUGGCAAGUGAUGUUGGAGUUAGACAGAAACUUGGGAGGGAUCAAAGAUUCAUCAGGGAUGAUGGGAAAGAAAGUGUUUGAUGUUUAUCACUUCAAUGGGAUUGCUAAAUCAGAUAUAAACGGUGGUGGUCAAGCUAUGGCUGUGGAAGGUGGGACGGUUCCUAUGCAAAGGCCAAGGCUCACGAAACUAAACGUCUCUGUUCCUCCUAAAUGGACACCAGAAGAGUACAUGACCAGCAGCUCUGAGAAGGACUCAGAAGUUAACCAGCCUAAGCCGCCACAGCAUGCACCAUUGGUGGAUUGUAUCAGAACUCGGUGGUCACGAGCCACUUGUAGUUGGGCUGGGGAUCCUCCAAGUAUUGUCUGAAGAAUGUUAUAUUAUGGGAAAAAACCGGGAAACUGCUGAUUUGAUUUGGUGGUUUAGACGCGUUUGAACUUUCUGUGCGUUGUCCGUUUUUCCUUUUGUUGUAUUAAAUAUAGAACUUUUGUUAUUUGUUGAGAUUAAACAUUAUUUGAAACAAA